GUGAGUGAGGGACGAAUUCGCUUAGUUGUAGCUUGUCAGCUUGAUUUUCAGUUGGAAUUUUACCAGCAGCAGGAAAACUCCAGUGCAUUAUCCUUCUCCAUCUCGUGCAUUAUGUCGCUUAGUGUGGAAACUGUGCAAACUAAACCCUAUGAGGGUCAAAAGCCUGGCACUAGCGGAUUACGCAAAAAGGUAAAGGUUUUCACUCAGCCCAAUUAUACGGAAAAUUUUGUUCAAUGCAUUUUGGAUGCCAAUGGAGCUGCCCUGGCCGGUUCCACUUUGGUUGUGGGCGGUGAUGGUCGUUACUAUUGCAAGGAGGCUGCCGAAUUGAUUGUACGCAUCUCGGCGGCCAAUGGUGUAUCCAAAUUGUUGGUAGGACAAAAUGGCAUACUGUCCACUCCGGCCGUUUCCAGUUUGAUUCGUCAUAACAAGGCAUUGGGUGGCAUUGUGUUGACCGCUUCCCAUAAUCCUGGCGGUCCUGAGAAUGAUUUUGGCAUUAAAUUCAAUUGUGAAAACGGUGGCCCAGCUCCCGAUGCCUUCACCAAUAAUAUUUAUAAACUAUCAACGGAGAUUAAGAAUUACAAAUUGGUGCCCCAACUACAGAUUGAUAUCUCGAAAGUGGGUGAGACUAGCUAUGAUAUUGGCGGCAAGAAAUUCGUUGUCGAAGUGAUCGAUGCGGUGGCCAAUUAUGUCCGUCAUAUGGAGGAGAUAUUUGAUUUUGCCAAACUCAAGGAUUUCGUAAGUGGCAAGAGCACGGGCAAACCCCUAAAGAUGCGUAUUGAUUCGAUGAACGGGGUUACUGGAUCGUAUGUGAGAGAGAUAUUUUUAAAUCGUUUGGGUGCAAGUGAAGCAUCAGUGGUUCAUACCACACCAUUGCCCGAUUUUGGUGGUCUACAUCCGGAUCCGAAUUUGACCUAUGCCAAGGAUUUGGUUGAGACAGUGGCCAAGGGUGAUUAUGAUAUUGGCGCCGCAUUUGAUGGUGAUGGUGAUCGUAACAUGAUCAUUGGCAGCAAAGCCUUUUUUGUUACGCCCAGCGAUUCAUUGGCUGUGAUUGCCCACUAUCUGGAGGCCAUACCAUAUUUCCAAAAGAAUGGUGUCCAAGGAUUCGCUAGAAGUAUGCCCACCGCCUCGGCUGUCGAUUUGGUUGGCAAGAAAUUGGGCAAAGAGGUCUUUGAAGUGCCCACCGGUUGGAAAUAUUUUGGUAAUCUAAUGGAUGCCGGUCGUCUGUGUUUGUGCGGUGAGGAAAGCUUCGGCACUGGCUCGAAUCACAUACGCGAAAAGGAUGGCAUUUGGGCUGUCCUCGCUUGGAUAUCCGUUAUGCAGCACACCGGCAAGGGCAUUGAGGAUAUAUUGAAGCAACAUUGGUCGGUCUAUGGACGUAACUAUUUCACUCGCUAUGACUACGAGGAAUGCGAAUUGGAUCCAUGCAAUGAGAUGAUGUCCACCACAGAGAAGACCAUUACCUCACCUGAAUUCGUGGGCAGAAGUUUCAGCAGUGGCGGCAAAACCUACAAAGUUCGCGAAGCCGAUAACUUUAGCUAUACCGAUCCUGUGGAUAAGUCGGUGGCCACCAAGCAGGGUCUGCGUAUCGUUUUCGAAGAUGGCAGUCGCAUUGUGAUGCGUCUGAGUGGCACUGGCAGCUCUGGAGCCACAGUGCGCCUCUACAUUGAUUCCUAUGAAAAGGAGAAUGUCCUUGGCCAGGCCAGUGUUAUGCUGAAGCCAUUGAUUGACAUUGCUUUGGAAAUCUCACAGCUGCCCAAGUUCACUGGACGACAAGCACCCACUGUUAUUACAUAAAUAAAGGCAGAUCAGGAAAAAAAAAAGAAAAAACAGAAGCGAAAUCUACACGCGAUUCGCCAGUUACACUUAAUCCCCGUCAUUGUUAAAAACUUCUUCCUCAAACAUUUUCCUCUUAUUUGUUAUGUUUUCGAAUUUAUUAAAGUAUUUUGAUUGUC